AUGGCAGAUUCCGAAGUCCAUUCCCAGCGGCGUUCUUCCUCCCAAGCGUCAAGCGCCUCGAGCAGAAGUCGAAAUGCUAAAAUCACUCGCGCCAAAAUGCAGAAACGGCACUCAGGCUCCUCCCACACAACAACCGAUUUGACCUCCGAAGAUGGAGCGGAAUCGAAUGGAGGUAGCACUGGCCGGGGGCGGAAGGCUACGCUCGCAAAUUUGACAACCGGGCCGUCGCACAAAUCAGGCCGAGCUGCCCUCUUCGCCGAUUCCGUCCCGACACAUGAUAUUCCAGGUGCCCUACAUUUGGCCGAUGAUGCGCACAUUGAGCGACUGGUUGCUGGAACAGGAGCCGUGAAGAUGGUGAGGCAGUUCGCCCGCGAUCUGGCCCAACGGGAUGCUGAGAUCUCGGCCCUCCGCCAACGCGCCGAUGCAAGGGAGCGAGAACUGAAAAGAAUGUUACGAGACGUGUCUGUGUCCAACCAAGACAUUGAACGACGUCUAUAUCAGUUGGAGAAUCCGCCGAACGAUCGUGUCUCGGAUGCAGAAAGCACUCAUAGCAGCGAUCAUGCUGGUCAAACCUACUCUGGCCUAAACGGAUUGAUGUCUCAAGCUAUGGAAGACACUGUGGGCUCUCGGCCUUCUAGCGACUCUGCAGAAGCCCAGGCCACCAUUCGAGCCCAGCGUUUAGACAAUGAUCUCCGAGGCAGCGGGACCACUGACAGCCGGAAGCGUCAAAGCUCGAUUCGGGGCUGGCAGGAAUACUUUUUUGGAUCGGCUAACACAAGCCGGAAAACUAGCCGCGCCAGUAGCAUCAUGAGUGGUGUUGGUGAACUCGGAGAAGAAGAAACGGAGCGUCUCCGAGUGCCUAGCAAUCCUGCAAUGCGACGCAAAGCGAUUGAUGAGCAGCUAUUCCAGCCCCCAGAUGGCCCAGCACAAAACACACCGGCGAAGCGCGUUGCUGGCACGUCCACAAAUUGUGAUGAUGCAAGCAUUCAUUCUCGCAAAUCUUCACGAUCUCUCGGCUCUUGGACUGUUAAGUUAUUUGCUGGCAAUCCCCAGUCGAGCAAAGAAGCAAGUGAUAUUGAGUCUGCCCACAAUAAACCCCAACACAGAAUGCCAGAAGGAGAUAAGAGUGCUUCGUCUACACUAUCUGGCAACUCCAAGAGUUCAAUGUCGGCAAUGGCCGCACUGAAGAGGAUCAACAGCAAUGCCAGCAUGCCUACUACUGGACGAUCUGCCAGUGGAUCAAGCGUCCAGAGCAAAAUAAACUCUCCUGCCCCUCGACGGACUGCAGCUGGUAGUGUGUCUCAAGGCGUGGCGUCGGAGUCUAUGGAUAGAGGCUCCACAAAUCUUGGACCUGUCGAGAUGGACGCCAUUUUGCCCAUGGAAUCCAAGCCUCCGACGCUCACGCCUAUCUAUAACAAUUCCCAAGCGGGCGAGUUUCUCACUGACCGAUUCGGUUUCAUUUAUGAUCAACACAGGAAGAAGCGUCAGAGAGAAGCCAACACUACCAAGAGCAGCAUUCACCGUCUGAGUAUAACCGAAACUCUCGGUACUCUUCGAAGUGAUGCGUCAGAUCAUGAGGAUGACCCCGAAAUCACAAAACUUCGGCAUGGACCUUCUGAUGGCUCACGUUCCCUGCCUGACUCGCCAGAUGACCCUGAUAGUGGAGCUGUUGCCAUCCGUCGCUGGCAGGACUACCUGAGGAUCCCGUCCCGCCCCACGGAGCUAUUGUCCCACACGCCCUCCGCAGGCCCGAUUGUCUCUUUAACAACGGCAGGAGAAAAUCGCUCCCAUAGCUCUUCUGUUUCAUAUGACAAAGACGGGGCGCUGGCCAUUGGCUCCAGCGCACAACCAUCUGCAUCUACCUCGGCUAUCACAGCCGACCGCCCCGAAUUCGCCGGUUUGUCAUCAGACCAACUCAAAGACACAGCAUCCAGGUUCACUGUCGCAGAUAUGGAGCCCGUAAAAAUGUUAUUGGAACAGUUGACUGAUCUCCAUGACACUUUGCAACGCGAUCGGACCGUGAGAUGGAACGAGUUCCUACGCAAAGUGCGUGCUGAACGCCGAAAAGAGGGCGAAGCGGCAGCCGCUGCAGCAACUUCUGAUCGAUCUCUCGCUGCUGUUGACACCCCGGAAGUCUCGCUCGCCGACGGCGAAGUUGUAGGCAUCGCAGGUCUAGGCAACAAAGGCAAAGUUGGCCGAGCGAAAUGGCGCGAAUUCCGGAUGCUCGUACUCGGCGGCAUCCCAGUUGCUCUUCGCGCCAAAAUUUGGUCUGAAUGCAGUGGGGCUUCGGCAAUGCGAAUUCCUGGCUACUAUGAUGAUCUCGUCCAUGGUGUUGGCGGAUCGGACCCCGAUCCCUCUGUCGUCGCACAAAUCGAUAUGGAUAUACGCCGCACUCUUACCGAUAAUGUCUUUUUCCGCAAAGGGCCUGGAGUCAGUAAACUGAAAGAGGUUCUGCUUGCUUACUCGCGCCGUAACCCAGAAGUAGGCUACUGCCAGGGCAUGAACCUCAUUGCAGGUUCUUUGCUGCUCAUCAUGCCCACUGCCGAGGAUGCGUUUUGGAUUUUGACCUCGAUGAUCGAGAUUAUCUUGCCCCAGCACUACUACGACCAUGGCUUGCUUGCCUCUCGUGCCGAUCAGGUAGUCUUGCGCCAGUAUAUCUCAGAGCUGCUCCCCAAACUCUCAGCCCACUUGGAGGAACUAGGUAUUGAGCUAGAAGCACUCACCUUUCAAUGGUUCCUCUCUGUCUUUACAGACUGUCUCUCUGCGGAGGCACUGUAUCGCGUAUGGGACGUGGUUCUAUGUCUCAAUGUGACCAGCGCAGUCAACGGCUCCGGGUCAAAUGCCUCUGGUACUAAGGAGAGCAAUGACAAGACUACCAAGGUUGCCGAGAACCAUACUUCUGGCAGCGGAGGCGGAAGUACAUUUCUGUUCCAAGUUGCUCUCGCACUUCUCAAGCUCAACGAGCAGCAGUUAUUGACGACCUGCUUGACGCCGGCCGCGCUCUAUACAUACAUCAACCACCAAAUGACCAACCACGCCAUCAGUAUCGACGGGCUGAUCCAAGCCAGUGAAGCACUGCGUAAUGUGGUCCGCCGUGAGGAUGUUGUUACUCGUCGUGCUGAUGCUCUGCAAGAAAUGCGCGAAUUGAGCAGCGGUGCAGGCAUCUAG